UUUCACUCCGAUCGUGAUCUCCAGGCUCGCGUGUUUGUUUUUUUUUACGUUGAAAUUGAAAAGCAACACAUUAACAUAAAUUCUCAUUGUUUCCCCCCCCGCUGCUGUAGCGUGACAAUUUCAAUUGUUAAUCAAACAACCAGAUCUCAUCGGAAGGGAGCGACGGACUGCUGCUUCAGGACAGCUCUGUUUGGGAAUUAGAAACAAGCGAGAAUUGUUUCUUUUGUAAACAACAGCUUUUGACUUAUUUGUACAAAACGGGAUUUCGAGGCUCGCAAGGCCAAACGAGAGACGGAUAUAUUUUUUGCAGUGUAGUAUGAGCUCAGCUUUCUCAUUCUCACAGCGCAGGAUGAGCAGCUUACAGCGGCUGACAGGGGGUUAAAGCACAACUACACACUGACUAUCAUCACAUUCAGGACAAAAUAAAGAGAAGAGCAUCCUCACCAUUCAGAUACCUCCCAGAGCUGACCCUCAUCACCUGACCCCGGCUAGCCAGCCCGGCCUGAGAAGAAGAGAAAAGAAGAGGGAUAUAAAGGAUAAGAAGAGCCAUAGAUCACAGGACCUGGAGAAGAAACAGAGCAGAAGAAAAAGAAGAAGUGAUGAAAAUGAUCCUUUGGGUUGCUGUGUUGAUGUUCCCUUGUUUUUUGGGUCUGAUUGCAGCUGCAACAGGACUGGAGAGGAUAGAGAAAUGUGGCACCAACUGCUCUCAGGGCCUUCACUGCAAGACCAAGCCAUAUUUUUUCUUUCCCCCUGCAUGUCAGAACGCCGCUGAGGGUCUCAGCACCUCCUCCGUGUUCCACAACAUCAGCCUGUCUGCAGUCAUGAGGUGUGAGGGCAGGCAGAAGUGCUCACUACACCUCAGAGUCAAAACCAAGCUACAACUUACUGAGUCCAUCCAUGGUGUGUCCAUCUGCACCAUCACUGAAGGGAUGAUGGAGAACUGCAGAAUCCUCAGCUUUACAAGAGCAUCCAGAGAACGAAUGUCUGGACUGCAGGUGGAAGUUGAGAAUGACUGCACUGAUAUUUCUCCGAGUCAACACGUCAAAGUGACGGUGAAAACUGUGCCGAGCUACUGUGGCGUAACGUGGACAGGCACUUUUGAAGCUCCUGGAUGCAUCAAUGAAGAUUUGAAAAAACAUGUCCCUGAAUGCAUCACUGGCAGGCUGUCCUAUGACAUAAACCCAGAGAGGAAGGAGCUGAGUGUCAGUGUGUCAGACAUGCUGGAGGAUUACGACUACCACCUCCGUCUGUGCCGUAAGGAUUUCAUCUGCAUCGGCAUGGGGGUCAAUACUCUGAUUAAGAAGGAGGAACCUGUAAAGAGUGUUACCCUCCCAUACGGCAGACCUUUGCCUUGCCUCUGCAUUGAGGGAUGGUCAGCUGUGAUGGAUGCUCCCAGAGUCCAGGUCUGCCCCUUCAAUGACCGUCUCGAGGAGCUGUGGUUUGGAAUUACCUUUGACCCAAUGGAGGGGAUGUUAUCGUGGGAGCCGAGCUGUUCAGUUACUGCUGUUGUUACAUUGUGUCAGAAAAGAGAGGAUGGCAUCUGUGUGGAUCUGCCUCAUGCCUCACAGAGUGUCAGGAGAGAAAAGAUAACAUUUGGUAAAGUGGAUCCACACCCUCAGCUAUGCAUGAAGUUCACUGCAGGCUCUCAGUCUUGGACGAAGUGCCCCUUUGCUGAUACACGAUUCCAAGUAUGGGAGGUGGUUGUGACGAGAAGACAAGAUCAUGAAGAUGUUAAGAUGUUGUCGCAGAUCACUGCAACAUUUUCUGUGGGGCUGUGUGCAAAGUCCGAAGGGUCUUCUGCAUGCCAGAUCACCGAAACACACACCGUACAUGUGGAGAAACACAAAGCUGUUGGCUUAAACCUGGCAGAGGAACUAUGUGACUGUUGUCUUCAGGUGACAAGGCUCGAUGUGAAUUUUGCUGCCACGGUCAUUCACUGUCUUGACAAGUGCAAUCAAUCAUUGCAUCUCAAACCUGUCAUCUCCAGUCAGGCCUCUUGGGACUUGACCUGGGUUGUUGCAGCGGCUGGUGCUCUCCUCUCUAGCAUCAUAAUUGUCACUCUGAUGCUUCACACACUGUUAACAGUUUAUCAGAGGAGGAAACAAAGAAGAAAUGGGGGCUGUACCUCCCAAAAGCAAACAGAUCCCGCUUUUGACUAUGUGGUCCCUACAUUACAAACUAAAUCCCUUCUCCAUGGACGAACCUUCAUACCCGAUUCACCGCAGUGUGGAAACACUGAAAAAGCCAACUUAAUCUCUGACUGACCUAGGAACAGUGCUCCGCUCUGAAAGCAUUACCUGUAAAGUGCAGCCUAAGACUGUAAAGAUGUUACCCAAACCAGUAAGUUCUCUGUUGAAUGCAGUGUACAACGCUUGCACAGAUAUUUCAAUUGUUAUGUAUGUUAUGUUAUGUUACAUACUAUGUGUCUUUUAAUACGCUUGUUAAAGUUAUUGGCUGUUGUUUAUGUAUUCUGUAAAAUGUUGUCUCUUUGGGUGAAAGUUAAUGUGUAUUAAGUUGAAAUAUUCAUUCAGCUUGCAGCUAAACAGUAAGUUCAUGUCCUAAUUUAAAUUUAUAUUUUCAAUAAAAAAUGCAAAAUAUAAAGAAAAA